AUGAAAAGCACACGCGAACAAGAUCUUUCUGCUGAAAUAAAGAAAAUGCUUAACUCUCCUUCUAAACCUGAGGAACAAACUCUACUUUCAAUUCCUGGAACCAUUGAAGAAGAGGCACCAUACAAAUUUAAAUCAUCAGUUCCUGAUUAUAUGGAACUCUCAAGACAACUCAAUGAAAGACCCCAUAGGCUUAAUUCUUUCUCUAAUAAACAAUUAGAAGCGCCUAAUUCUCUUCAAAGCUCCACACAAUCAAAAACUUGGAUACCUCAAAACCCAAUACAAGAAGAGUCAAAAAAAUCAAUUCUCCAGCCUCAAGAAUGGAAUUUAAUGUCACAAAUUUCAGAAAAUCGCAAACCUUUAGUUUUCCCUAAUUAUUUGAAAGAAGGCCUUCGCAAAUAUUUAUUAAAAGAAGACCACUUGAAUUAUCAAGGGAUAGUUGCAGUUUUUGAGCUGAAUUAUUCACUUCUAGACGAACAAAGGCAGGUAUUAGAAGACCAGGAGGAAGAUUUGUUUCUUAUUCUGCAGUAUGGAGGUUUCCGGGUUAUUUCAAGAUGCGUGAAAGUCCUUCUGCAAGAAGAAUUUCAGCAAAUAAAUUUAUAUGGCUCAAGGCCUGUGACUCAAGCUUUUCAGCCACUUCAAAGUAUGCUUACAAGUACUCUAACCCGGAACUCGUCAAUGUUGCAAAAUCUUAAUAAAACAAGAGCUACUGUAUUGAAUGACAAAUUAAAUGAUCCUUACCUUUUACUCUGCAUAUCAUCAACUUCUUAUGUAAAUAGCCAAGUACAGUUCAAUAAAUUCAUGAAAGCAGCUGCAGAGCUGAUACCUAAAGCAUUUAAACUGGUUUAUGCAAGCAAAAAUUCAGUGCAAGGAUUAACAGAUACUUGUCUGUUUUUCCCAGAAGUGUUUGCAGUUAAGCAUUCUUGCAUUUUGAUGAUUCCUGGAGAAGAAAAAGCACAAGAAGUUGAAGAUUUAGACCCUAUUUUAGCCUUUUUUCAAAAGCAAAGCAAUAUUUUGAAAGGAAAAUCAUAUGGAGAUGAGAAUGGAAACCCAAAUGAACAGAACCUUGAAAAAUUAAUUGACAUACUUUCGUUUAAUGGGCAUGUUGCUAUUUCUAGCGUCUGUAAAAAAACAGAAAAUCAAGCUAUGGAGCAAGUUCUAGCAAAAAUCAUGGAAAAACCAAAGGUAAAUGCAUUUAUGAGGUAUUUGCUGUCGAGUAAUACUGAUUCGAAAUUAUUUGGGAUUGCUGCUGGCAAAGCUGGUGUACCAUUUCUGCUUUCAAUGAACCCUUUUUCUACCGAAUCAUUUUGAUUUACUUCAGAAAAAGAAGCUUAUGAGCUAUAUAAAUAUUUUUUCCCCACUCCCCCGUUUAAAUUGGAACCAAUAUCUUUAAAAUUUUCCAUUUUGUUAAAUUAACUAAUUUAAAUUGAAAACCAAAUUUUUUUAAAAAAUAAAUUUAUGCAAAUAGCUUUGAUAUCAAAUUUAAUGCCAUAAGACUUAUAUAUUUACUAUAAAUUACACUAUUUUAAAAGAGCAGUGAUAUUGAAUAUUAUUUAAAUAUUUUGAAAUCAAUAAAUUUUAAUUUUAAAAAAAAAAUAUUCCUUUCAUCUAAACAUUUUUUGUCCAAUUUAAAGAGGGAUUCAGCUAUCAUCUACAUCUAGAACCAUUAUUGCAUUUCGGCCUUUAGCAGUUCGAUCAGGUCUUGACAAAGUACUAAUCAGCAUUUUCAAAAGUAAUUAUUUUGUCAUAUUAAGAGAAACCUAUAAAAAAUUAACAAUUGAAGAAGCAAUGCUGUUAAAAAGAAGCACGAUAAGCAUGACCCCUGAGUCUGAACAGGAUUAUCUUAAUUAUAUGCUGGAAGGAGAAACUCACAUAGUGGCCAUGUCGAAAUUUGGUGCUAUAGAAAAUGCUAAAAUUCUUUCAGAUGGCUGUAGAUUUGGUAGAAAAAGAUCAGAAAAACGCUUGCUAGGAGUUGAAAAACUCAGCUUUUGGAGAGAAAAAGAACUGAUAAACCCUUUUCAUAUCAAGCUGGAAGAGGAAGAAGGCUUUGAAAAAGUCCAAGAAAACAGGUUUAUAAGAGAAGACAUCAUCACAGUUCCAAGUAAUGGAGAAAGUGGCCUUUUUAAUAUGUGGCCCUUUUCUAGUAUCAAUGAGUUGAUAGAUCUCGAUGCAAUAGCUGAAACAGAAAUUAGUGGAAAUGAAUUUAUGUCUGAUCGGCCAAACUUUUAUAAACGAGCGAGCGAAAUAGAAAGAAUGAGAGAGUUUUCACGUUCUUUCAAUGUUCUCGCAGAAUGCAGUGAGUCUAUAGAAGCAGCUGAAUCUCAAAUUGAUUGUUUUUUCCCUGAUCUCCAAAACUACUCAGAGCUGGUUGUAAGCUUCAAGCCAGAAGCUCUUACAUUAAAAGAGGACGCUCUAGAGCUAAUCAAAGAUAUGCAGUUUAGUAUCAUAAAAUACCAUGUGGUAUCUGAAGCCAGCCAAUAUUUAUUUAUAACUAAAAAAGCAGCAUUCGAAGAAGUCAUUUCUGCUUUGGAUUAUAAAGCCUUGGUUUCUCAGCCUUUAGGCCCUCAGCACUUAAAUAGUCUUUUUGAGAUGGUGAUUGGCUCACAAAACAAGCAAGAUAUCAUCAGGAUGAUUUGUCCUAACCUCGCUUCAUUUUCAGGAGAAAUCCUACUUCAAGCUCCAGAUAAUGUAAAAAAUGAGGUACUAAGAUAUUGUUGUUUGACGACAAUUGGAGAAGAACCUAUAAUUGAGACGAUCCAGCCAGUUUUAAUUACAUGUGACUUUCCACACACUUCAUACAAAAUGAAGUCAAAAAUAGGUUUUUCCGAAGUGAGGAUUAGAAGAAUUGGCUCACUUGAAGGAAAAGACUCUCUUGAAGACCGGCUUUCUUUGAUAAAUGAAUAUGAAAUUACGAAAUGAUACUAUAAACAAAUCAGAAAAAUGGAUCCUGAGAUUGUGCCAAGCUAUUUUCAAUAUAUAAUUGAACCAAAUGACCCCGAAAUUGAAGUUUCUCGCGUUUUCACUAAUGAGCAGUAUAAAGGUGAUGUCUUUUUAUAUGAAGUCUCUGAAGUAAUGAAGAAAAACAGAGAUCGGGAAAGAGCAAAAAAUGCGGCGCUACUUGACCAGCCAAGGGGAUCUAUAUCUGUAUUUAUGUGGGGCAGAAAUCUUGCUCUAUUAGCAGAAAAAAUAGAAAACAUUCGCUGUGACAUAGUAGAAGACUGUGGACCUUUAUAUUGGGACGGGAAAGGUGCAAUCUUAGGGAUUUUAGAUGACAUUACCUUUUGGGAGCUAGAAAGGCAAAAGUAUAUGAAUGCCUUAAAUGACUUAAAAAUUGGCUGGGAAAAUUAUAUCCCUGCAAAUAAAGCCCAAAGCAUUGAAAAAACGCUUAUUGAGAUUUUAGAAAGUUUUGCAUUCCAAGAAUCACGAGCAAUGUCUAACGUAGCUUUGGUUCCUGAAAUUGUGGACUAUAUAAAUCUCAGAAUUUUUUCUCAUCAAAAAGAAGCUAGAGAUCUUGCGAAAAAUAUUGGGAAAAAUAUUGACCAGCAAAGAAGCCUUUUAGCUGAGCUUCGUGGACAAGAUACAGCUAAAAUUGACUUAAAGGAGAUUGCUCUCGUAGAUGUUCAGCCUGCAAAAUACCAUAAAAGACAUAUGGCAGCAAAUAUAAUUUGGCUUCUAAAUCUUUAUUUGAAAAAAUUAGAUAGGCAGCUGCUUUUAUUAUGUAUGAAUGCGGAUGAAUAUGAUGCGAUGCUUGAGUCACUUCACGAUGGCUUUAUUAAAAAUUACCAAGGAGAUGUAGGGAUUAAAGGGAUAUCCCUUUUAAAGAUGGAAUACUUCUUAUUCAGCUUUUGACAGGCUUGGAAAACCUCUCUUGCAAUGAGAGAGCUAGAUGACCGAAGAAGACAAAUAAUUGCCUCAAGAGACAAUUCAAUAAGAACAGGCAGAGGAGCAUUUAAAGAUAUAGUCAGCAAAGCUACAGAAGAAGUAAAAUUCGUCACUUAUGAAGCUGAACGAUUAGACUAUGAGCUUACUCUACACUUAGAAAACCUAUAUAAAAUUGAUAUCACUUAUGUACCUCCAGAAGGGCCUUAUCCAGGGCAAAAUAAAAUUGACAAUCAGAGAUAUUUCAGACACUUUGGCCUUGAAGAGUAUGAAAAAAAUCUUUCACAUCCUGAUUAUCCAGAUAUCCUAAUCCAAAAUAAGUUUCCCAAAGUUUCCCAAGAACUCAUAUCAACCAUAGGCAGAGGACUUUCUGCGCAGCAAGCAAGAUGGGCAAACCCACCCCCAUUUUUGAAAUAUAACCUCAGGCCAGUUCCAGACAGCGCAUACCGCUGGGACGGGACACUAGUAAAAUCCACCAAAUGGGUCACCCACGAAAGGUCGAAAAAAAUGGUUUCAUCCGCAAUUCUCCAGCUUCUCAAUGAACUUCCUUCAAAAUCUAUGACAUUUUCUACUAAUAAAUAA